GUAAUAAUAAUAAUAAUUAUUAUUAUUAUUACUAUUAUUAUACACAGAUAAAUGAAUUAAUAAGAUAUUCCCUUUUCAAUCAAAAUAUACCUCUUUAAGAACAAACAACAAUUGACGCCAUCCAAUCUCAGGGCACACAAAAUGGUUGCCAGUCCAUGUCACGUGUUCGGAUGACGUAAUCUCUCACCUCUGUUGAAGCGCUUGAUGGUUUUGCUGUGUUGCUCGACGGUAUCACGAAGCUGCUUCAUUUCUCGCUCGUCUCGUUCGGACUGCAAUCGUCGUCCGUGGCGUCAAUAUCAAUCAUCUCCAUUCAUAACAAUGUUGAAGGGAAAAUUAAAAAAAACAAGAAGAAGAUGAAGACGACCUUCUCACUCAGCUCCUCGAUUCUUCUCUGCUGCUCAUCAAUCUGACACAGGAAGUUUUUCUUCUCCUCCAACAAGUUGCUCAUCGCCUCUCGCCGCUCUGAAAGACACUCACACGAACGCACGCAAGCACACAAAAAUUCACACACGCGCACAAACAUGCACAUUCACACGCACACACACAUGCACACUUAUGUUACUACAUUUGUCCACAUUUUCUUUUCACUUCCUGUGUGCUAAUACUUUUGUCUAUAUUUCCUUGACAUUUCACUUCAUGUGUCCCAAUACUUUUGUUUGCAUUUUAUUUUCACUUCUUGUGUGCCCUAAUACUUUUGUCUUGAUUUCCUUCCUUAUGUCCUAAUACUUCUGCCCGAUACUUCACAUUUAAUUUGGGUUCCAAUACUUUUGCCCAUUAUCUUAUUACUUCCUGUUGUCCACAUGUUCUUUUCCACUUCCUGUGUGUCCCAAAACCUUUGCCCCCCUUUACUCUUUCCACUUCUUGUGUCCCAAUACUGAUCCAAACUCCAUGUUUUAAUUUGCUGUCUGUGUCCCAAUACUUAUGUCUCCAUUUUAUUUUCACUUCCUGUGUGUACCAAUAUUUUGCCCACUUCACUUUCAACUUCAUGUUGUCCAUAUUUUCUUUUCCACUUCCUGUGUCCCAAAACCUUUGCCCACCUUUACUCUUUCCACUUCUUGUAUCCCAAUACUUCUGUCCAAACUCCAUGUUUUAAUUUCCUUUCCGUGUCCCAAUACUUAUGUCUACAUUUUCUUUUGAACUUCCUGUGUGUACCCAUACUUUCGCUUACUUCACUUUUCUCUUCCUGUUUCUCUUCCGGUGCUUUACCUUUGACCUGCUGCUGGUAUCGUAUCAUAUCGUCUUCGGCUGUCUCGCCGUCGUCGGUCUCCAUGGCGAUGCAAUCGGAGAUGCUGGGAAGCAUCUCAUCCAAACACGGCGGCCGCGACGACAGGCUCAGUCCCACUUCCGCUUCCUCCCUUGCGACGUCACGCAGUUGAGCCAAAAUGGCGUCGCGCUACUACCAGACGAUGCAGGAGAGUUUCAAAACGAACAACAAAAGUCGCGAGUUCCCGGCGCAUUCGGCCAAAGUUCACUCGGUGGCGUGGAGCUGCGACGGCAGAAGACUCGCGUCGGGAUCUUUCGACAAAACCGCCAGCGUUUUUGUCCUGGAAAAAGACCGACUGGUGAAGGAGAACAACUACCGUGGGCACAGCGACAGCGUGGAUCAGCUGUGCUGGCACCCCACCAAUCCGGACCUCUUUGUCACGGCUUCGGGUGACAAAAGUGUCCGAAUAUGGGACGUGCGCACCACUAAGUGCAUGGCCGUCGUCACGACUAAAGGCGAGAACAUUAACAUCUGCUGGAGUCCGGACGGCCAAACGAUCGCUGUGGGUAACAAGGAUGACGUGGUCACCUUCAUUGACGCCAAAACCCACAAGACCAAGGCCGAGGAGCAGUUCAAAUUUGAAGUCAACGAGAUCUCGUGGAACAACGACAACAACAUGUUUUUCCUCACCAACGGCAACGGAUGCAUCAACAUACUCAGUUACCCCGAGCUGAAGACCAUCCAGUCGAUCAAAGCUCACCCUUCCAACUGCAUCUGCAUCAAGUUUGACCCGACGGGCAAAUACUUCGCCACGGGCAGCACGGACGCUCUGGUCAGUCUUUGGGACGUAGACGAGUUGGUGUGCGUGCGCUGCUUCUCCAGGCUGGACUGGCCCGUGAGGACGCUAAGCUUCAGUCACGAUGGGAAGAUGUUGGCGUCGGCGUCGGAGGACCACUUCAUCGACAUCGCCGAGGUGGAAACAGGCGAGAAGCUUUGGGAGGUUCAGUGCUUGCCCACGUUUACGGUGGCCUGGCACCCCAAGCGCCCCCUUCUGGCGUACGCCUGCGAUGACAAGGACUGCAAGUACGACAACAACCGCGAGGCGGGCACCGUCAAACUCUUCGGCCUCCCCAACGACUCCUGAUGCUGCAACCGGUCUACGGAAAGCCCUUCAAGUCUUACGAGUAACCCAACUUGGCCAACUAAUAUGCAAGUAAACCUUACUAGUAAACUACUGUGCUCCACUAGUAACACUAAUAGACUCAAUCAGUAAGCAUGUUUUGCACUAGUAUCCUCUUUAUCAAGGAUAUCAAAUAAUUUUUUAUUCUAUGUCCAUGAUAGCCAUCUUAAGAUCCAUGUACUAUUACGCUCUUUUGUCUUCACUAGUAGGACAACUGUCAUGCUAGUAGGACUACAUGGUAUGAGUGUGGCAAAACUGUGCACUAGUUGACAACUGGUUUCUACCUGUACUGAAAGUGACAUAAUAUUCUACUAGUAAACAUCUAGUGCUUCUCUAGUAGUACUAGUAGCAUGCAGAUGUCAGCUAGUGCAAAGUUUUGCCUCACUUGUAACAUGUAGUUGUCCUACUAGUAUGCCAAGGUUGGCCUAAUAGUGCACUGAGUUUGCUUACUAGUGACGACAAAGAGCAUACUGGUAUAUGGAUAGCAAGGAUAAAUAAAUGCUCGAACAACUUUAGGAAAAAAUGCUUGAUAAGAACGCUAUUAGUGCGUGUGCGUACUAAUUGGGCCCAAUAUUGUUAGUACUGUAUUGCGGCACAGUAGUUGACGAGUAAGUUUUAGUUGCCUAUUAGUCGGCCAAAAGUGGCAAAAUGUAACAGUCAUUGUAUUAGUGUGCUGAAUUGUCUUACUAGUACGUACAAAAAAUUUACUAGUGCCUCAAUCUGGAUCUUGAGGCUAUGAGAUAAAUGCCUUUCCAUGGGAGUCGACCAAUCAGCGAACAUGUGUGUAUGACAUCAUCACCUCUGCCUCCAGUAGGAGGCGCUGCUGUAAAAUAUUGUUUUUAAUGUAAAAAAAUGUCAACUGUUGCUAUUAAACAUGCUUUUGUUA